AUGAGCCAGUCGCAUGUGACGCUUCUGCCUGUGCCCCCUACCCCCCGUCGGCAGUUGUGUCUCCGGCUGGGCCUCUCCUCGACAUCACAUGUUCUCCUCUUCUGUCAGCCUAAAAGACGCAAUCUGAACGCCACGAGUUGCACCAGCUCUGCACACCGGCCGAGGCAGGUGUCGUCACGGUUGUCAGCCUCACCAGCUGAUAGACACUCAUCAGUCGUCUUGACAACCACAUGCCUCUUCUGGGGUCUGGUGAAGGCGUCCAACCCAAUCCCUCUUGCAAAACCUCCAAAUGUGUAUAUUAAUGACCGGGACGUCGAGGACAGCCAGACUGCUGCCUUGCGUGGCGUUAUAGACUCAGUUCGCGGUUCGAGUCGCUGCGAAUCGGAGUAUGCGGGUGUAAAAGGCCCAUCCUCACUUUCUUUUUCAACUUCUUCCUCUUUUCCGCGAAAACGAGACUCGAAUUCGCAACUUGCCCUCGAACUCUGCUCUCUCGCUGCACUGUUGCAUCAUUCUGCCUGCUCGAGCCAACUCUAUUUCAACUCAGCAGUUGGCCCUUCGGACGUCGGUCCCUCGGGCCGGCAUGAAGCCAGACAGGGACUCGAGCCUGCAGUAAACUCGAGGCAGACUCAAAGGGCCGGAAGGCCGUCAUGCGGUCAUGGGGGCUACGGCCGGCUCCGCAGACACCGCCGAGCCAAGUCUGAGCUGCCAGGCCCGGAUCUGCAAGACAGUCACUAG